AAUUAAAUUUCCUGUUUGGUUGUCGAGAAAAUGAGAGUCCCAGAAACUGACCCAUUGGCACAACUGAGCUUGCCACCAGGAUUUCGGUUUUAUCCAACGGAUGAAGAGCUUUUAGUGCAAUAUUUAUGCAGGAAAGUUGCGGGGCAUCAUUUUUCUCUGCAAAUCAUUGGCGAAAUUGAUUUAUACAAAUUUGAUCCUUGGGUUUUACCGAAUAAAGCUAUAUUCGGUGAAAAAGAAUGGUAUUUUUUCAGUCCAAGAGACCGGAAGUAUCCCAACGGAUCACGACCCAAUAGAGUCGCCGGUUCCGGGUAUUGGAAAGCUACCGGAACUGAUAAAGUUAUUCUGAGUGAUGGUCAGCAAGUUGGUAUAAAGAAAGCCCUAGUUUUUUACGUCGGAAAAGCACCUAAAGGGACCAAAACGAAUUGGAUUAUGCAUGAAUAUAGACUCCUGGGAACUUCCCGUAAACAUGGUAGCUCCAAGUUGGAUGAUUGGGUUUUAUGUAGAAUAUACAAGAAGAAGUCAAGUGCUCAAAAAUCAUUUUCAACUGUUCCAAGCAAAGAGCAUAGCAACAAUGGCUCGUCAUCGUCUUCUUCUCCCCAUCUCGACGACAUGCUUGAGUCAUUACCCGAUUUAGACGAUCGUUUCUUUGCUCUGCCACGAGUGAACUCGUUGAAAACGCUUCAGAAUGAUGGGAAAACUGGGUUCCACAACCUGGGUUGUGGGAAUUUAGAUUGGGCGAGUCUUGCGGGGCUCAGCUCGGUGCCAGAGUUGGUUCCCAAUGGACAAACCCAGACUCGGGGGAUUCCGAGUUAUGGAGAUAAUGACUUGUAUGUCCCAACGAUGCCGCCUGCACUAAGCCAGAUGGAUAUGUCAGCGAGUAAAGUUGGUAGAUCGGUCGAAGAGGAAGUACAAAGUGGACUCAGAACUCAGCGAGUUGAUAACUCGGUGUUUUUUCAACAGAACUCAAGUGGGCUGAUGACCCAGGACUCAAUCGACAGGUCCGGAUUCCGGUACCCGACUCAGUGGAGUGGGUUUGGGUUUAGGCAAUAAAUAGUAUAUGAUAAUUAAUAGGAGAGGAAUUUCAAGAUUUUGUGCAAUGGUAACAAAAUGAAAACUCUGAAGAAAUUGAUGAGUUGAUUUAUUUAACUGAGUUGAUAGUUAAUAAUAUUUUUAUUUAAUUA